AAAGCCAUAUUACGUCGGGAGAAAUAAAUCAAGGGGAAAAAGCAGGCGCGCAAAAGAAAGAGACUUGCAGGCGAAGGAAAGGCGAUUGCUUGAAAACUCCCCCAUUUCAGUUUUCUUCUUUUCUGAUUUGGGGAUGAACUGAGUUUUCGCCAUUCCAUUUCCAAUUCCACAACUUUACAGUUUCGAUCGAGAGAGAAGGAAUGGGAGUGCUGUCGAACAAGAUCCAGAGGGAUCUUCUGAAGCCUGGAGAUCACAUCUAUUCAUGGCGCCACGCCUACCUUUAUGCCCACCACGGGAUAUAUGUUGGUGAAGGAAAGGUUAUUCACUUCACUCGAGGAGCGGGCCAGGAAAUUGGCACAGGAACUGUGUUAGACCGCUUCCUCAUAAGCAGCUCUCCAUCCCAUUCUCCGGACAAUCCCUGCCCAAACUGCGGCAAUCUAUCAACAGUUGAUGGUGUCAUGUCUUCUUGCAUCGAUUGUUUUCUAUCUGGCGGUUAUCUUUACCUCUUUGAAUAUGGUGUCACUCCAGCUUUCUUUGUUGCCAAAGCUAGAGGGGGUACCUGUACCCUUGCGCGGUCUGACCCUCCCGAAGAUGUCCUUCACCGUGCUUCUUUCCUUCUGCAGAAUGGCUUUGGUAGUUAUGACAUUUUCAAAAACAACUGUGAAGAUUUCGCCAUAUAUUGCAAAACAGGCUUGCUCGUGUUCACCAGCAUUAGCGUGGGCAGGAGUGGACAGGCUGCCUCCUUCGUAGCUGCCGCAACUGCUGUUGUUUCUUCACCGCUUCGAUUUUUGACUACCAGUUUUACUGGUCUGGGUGCUGUAGGUUGUGGCAUGUAUUGUGUUAGUAGAUUGGUUUCUGACAUCGGAAUACGCCGCGAUGUUAGGAAAGUAUCGGUGGAGAGACUGAUUACCCCCUGUGCCCUUGACGAGUCAGUGGUUGCAACUUAAGUGCUCAACAGCAGAAUCUUUUGGUUGUAUUAUACAUUGUAUUCAUAGUUUGUAAUUGCUUGUAUUUUCCCUGGUUGUUAUGACAACGGUGAAUGAUUUGUUCGUUUCAUUCGUUGGUUUAUUUAUUUUACUUCGAUUUGUUCA